AUGCUCUGACUCACCGCACGAUCGGGUCGUUAAGAGAGAGAGAGAGAGAGAGAGAGAGAGAGAGAGAGAGAAGAAGGCUUCCCUACUGACCUUCGAUCGGCGAAGCAUCGUUGAACGAAGAGGAGGUGAUGGCGCCGAGCGGCGGCGGGGGACUCAUUGACCAGAAGCAAUUCGAGCGGCAGAUGGGUUGCAUGGCCGGCUUCCUCCACCUCUUGGACCGCCACCAGAUCCUCCCGCGGAAGCGCUUCCCUCCAUCCCGGGCCGCCGGAUCCACCUUGCCGUUGGAGAGAUCGGAUGCUUCCAAGGAGAAGGAGAGGCAGCGCCGGUCCCCGAGCGUCGUCGCACGGCUAAUGGGGCUCGACGCACUUCCGGACGUCGCUGCCGCCGGCCGCGCGGAGCUACUCCGGUCCGUCUCUGAGUCUCGUGUUGUUAGUGAUCCAGCGGACUGCCCGCUCCUCGACGGGGGCUCGUUCCCGAAAUCCAAAUCGCAGGCGAGGAGGCCCCUCCUUCCUGCGGUCCAGAGGAAGAGCUUCUUCGACACGGCGGGCGUCUUCACGGAGCCGAAGAGGUGGGAAUUGCUCCCUGUUGAAUCCGGGAAGCGGCGCCUGAUGCGAGGGAUGGACGAGGCGGCGAGGAAUUUGAAGACGCUGAAGCAGAUCUUGGAGGCGCUCCAGCUGCAGGGGCUCCUGCACUCCAAAUCGUUGGAUCACCAGAUCAACGACCGCAGCGACCACCUACACGACGACCGCUACAGGUGCUCCCACAACUCGAGGAACGUCGUCAUCGAACCCGCUUCCACUCCGCCCCAGAGGCCGCCGAGCGGACCCCGCCCGCCGCUGCCACCCGGGCCCGGUGUCACUCGCCGGAACCCCAAAGUGGAGUCAGCAACUCGUCCCGUCCGGUGCUAUCGGAGGGCCGAUCGGACUCCUACAGGAAGCCAUGAACCGGAGAACUGGGCUACGAGCUCGACGGCGAAGCAGAGGUCCUCAAUUGCGGUGGCGUCCGGUAAGAGUUCGUCACCUCGAAGGCGGAUCUCGGCCGUGAAUCCACCGAAAAUCCCUCCGAAUCAAAUUGGGCAAAGUCCAGUUACCGGGCGACUGCUGCCAAAUCAGCGGCCAAAGCAAGAGGUCAUCUUCAAGCGGAAAACACGCUCACUGGCGGAGGACGAUACCUCCAGCACCACCCACUCUCCGUUGCCCGUCGAUAGAUCUCCGGAGGACUGCAGGGCGGGGCGGCAGCUGUUGGAGCGGUUCGACCGGUUGCUGCAAAGCAUCACAGCUUUCACUGUGACGGAGCAGGUUGCGGCCACGGCAGAGCAGCAGCCGUGUCCUGUCUCGGUCAUCAAUUCUCCCCUCCUUGGCGAGGAGAGCUCCCCGUGCUCUCCGGUCUCCAAGCGCUCCGACAACUCCAAAGGAGAUCAAUUGACCGAGCGCGAAGACGACGCCAUUGCAUCGUACAGCGGACGCGGUCGGGAGGCGCCGGAGGAGGAGGUCGACGAUGCCGACUACGUGUACGUGGCGGAGAUUCUCCGCGCCACGGGAAGCCACGCCGACACGACCGAUGCGUACGACUUGCUCGAGAAGCGCAGCAGCGGAUCGCCCGAAUGCUCGAAGGACACGCGGCUCCGCCGCCUCCUCGUGUUCGACGCCGUGGCAGAGAUCCUCGACCGGAAACGCUGCCUGUCGCCCCCUCCCUGGGAGUCAUUCGUGCUUCCAGGAUCCCUCUCCAUGGUCGCUCCCGGCGGCGCCGCCUAUCUACUGCCGGAGGUGUGGGCUGAGCUACGACGGGCGGGGCGGCAGGCAAUGGCCGGCGACCUCAGCAGCGUCACGUGCUGGGCCGUGCGCAGGGACCUAUUCGUGGAAACCCUAGACGUCUGGGCCCGGCCCGCCGCCGAGGUGGCCGACGCCGUCAUCCAAAUCGAACGCCAGAUAUUUAAGGACCUCGUCUCCGCCACAAUUAGCGACCUCGCCGACGCUAUGCCCCGCGCCAUUCGUUCCCGCAGCAAGCGGCUCUUCUAAAUCAGCGUGCUUGCAUCGCAAUCGAACGGAUCAUACCCCGAUCAUGAUCCUCGUCCCAUUUUGGCGGCCGUGAUUUCUCCGUAAACGGUUCAGGAACUGCAGCUGUCCGAGCUUUGACUUUUGUUUCCCUGACAAAGUAUUAACAUACAUACACCAAACCGUUUUGACCCAAAACAAAGCCCAUGGGCCUCAGACAUUGAGGACUUGGCGGCGCCCACACGAUCGUGCCGCGCCGGCGCCGACAUGAAGGCGCUUAGCUUUCUACGUCGAGGCCAUGCAUACUAACGUAACAAGAACACCUCCAUCUACUAACGCUGAUCGGUUCGGACCCAAAAUGAUACCCCCUUGAUGAAGUUUCUGGGCCCAUGCCGUUGUGCCGCUCUGGCACCGACGUGGAUUUGCUUCUGUCUACGUCUCCUCUGUAUUAACGAAUCUGGAUGAUGAAGGAAAGCUUUGGAAAAGCCAAGAUUUCCCAGGUUGUUUCGCGUCUCUCGCGCCCUCUCGAUUCUUGAUCGCGGAAGGAUCAGAGUACCCUCGGGUCAUGUCUCUCGAUUCCUCCUCCGAUUCGCCAUCGCCAGGUUGGAUCCUGUUGCCCUCUUCGUUCGGACAAGCCUGGUAGGGUUUGCUCCUGGAUAGGCAGGGGGUAGGAUGGGGGCGGUGCCAUCGAGGUUCUGGUUUUUGCUGUUCCCCGCCAACGAGUACAAGAACGUGGUGGCCGGGUUGGAGAAUGCCAGCCAAGCGACGACGCUCUACAAGCUGCACCUGGGAGAGGUCGUCAACACGAGCCCUUCCAUCGGGAGUAACGUGGAGGAGGUCGUCUACAAGAACAUUCGGUUUGAGGUCUGGGAUUCUGGGGGGGACAAGAAAGGCUGAGAACGUCAUGGGCAAUGAAUGUAUAAUUGAGGGACUGAUGCCAUUAUUGCUGUGAUAGACAGUACUGACCGAGCCAGGUUGAGCUUUUCCGGCCGCUGCAGCACUGGGACCUCGAGCAUACUGUGGUCCUUGUGUUUGCCAACAAGCAGGAUCUCAAGGAUGCCAUGUCGCCUGCCUGCCGAGGUGAGGAUUCGAGGUUGGGAUGGAUCGGUAAGCCAACAAGGUGAUAUUAGGUCUCGGACUUUCAAACUCACAUCGUCUUUACAUUCCCUUCAACAUUGAACUUGGUUUCGAGGUUGCAGAUAUCCUUCCUGUAUACUCCAGUAAAAUCAAUUGGCGAACAAAAGAGUGAUGUCCCAUUUAUAUGCUGAGCAAUUCAGAAGACAGAAUUCUUUCCUCAACUCUGGGCCGGAAACUUCCAAUGCAGCUGAAUAAUGAUUCAUUAGGGAAGAAGAGUAAGAAUUGUGUUUAAUUAAUAGGUUUUACAUGGAUGCAAGGAGCAUUAUCAUAGCUUUGGUAUUGCUAACUCGAUGGAGUUAGAUCAUGGCAAAAAAUCUUUGUUAAUGGGGCAUGCAAUCUUGCGAAUUGAUGUGGUCGACGAUUAAUAGUGCAUUGCAUGAGUUUUAGAACUUGGAUAGCUUUGUUGUAGUUAACAAUCGGUGCAGUAAUUGUGGAAAAAUAAGAGUCUUGCAGUGACAAAAUACACAAGUUCGGGAACAUCAGAAGAGAAAUCCACCAGUUCAUACUUGGGUUUUUCUUCCCUCACGAGGAGGACAAAACAAGUACCGGAGAAGAAGAAUCGUGUGUCAUGAACUCUCAGGUCGGAUGAUCUCCUUCUCUAGUUUCAAUGCAUCACGUCUCUCUCUCUCUCUCUCUCUCUCUCUCUCUCUGUUUUCUCUUCUUGAGUUUGAUCCCGGCGAGAUGUACGUGUAGAGAGGAAAAGUUUGGGGAUGACAGAGUUGUUCCGUAUAGGAAACGUGUUAUUUCUCUUACACGAGAUGCACACAUUCUCAUGGGCAAAGCGACGGUGCAUUUGUGC